AUGUUUUCAGAAUAUUACCUGUCAUGCACGACAAAAAUCGAUAUCCAUACUGAAGUUCGAUGUCAGGAAAGCAGUAAAGGAGGAAUGUCAUUUGAGUUAAGACUUGCUGAUCCUGUUGUAUUAACCCCUCCUAAAAGACCACUUUCCCCACCUAAAAUUGUUUCAGUAGCUGAUAUUGAAGAAAAGUUAAAAGCAGCAGAAGACAGACGAAAAUCAUUAACUGCAAGUCAGGUAGCAAUUUUAUCAGCCAAGUUAGCUAAAAUUGAAGAUGCACGAAAGAAAUAUGAUGAACAAGAAAAACAAUUUAUACAGCAAACAGAAGAGGCAUUGAAGCAAAAAAUAGCUUCUUAUGAAGAAAAUCGCGAAUCUCAUAUCAAUGAUCUUAAAGCGAAGCUUAAGGAACAUUUAGAAGGAGUUGAAAAAACUCGUUUAAAUUUGGAACAACAAACGGCUGAAGUGGCGGCAUCAAUACAAGAAAAACUUAAAUCAGCUGCUAAUCAAAGAGAUGAAAAUUUAAAAAAAAUGUUGAUAAAAUUAAGGGAACAUGAGGAACAAACUAAAAGAGAACAAAGAGUGGAAAUGGUUCGUCAAAAAAAUAAAGAUAAAUGUUUAAGCAAAGAACUUGAAACAAACACAGCAUCUCUUGUUUAA